GAUUCAGGGAUUUGCUGUUAAACUUUGUAAGUUAAUCUUAAAUAGCUUAAGCAAGUAUUAGAUAACAUAGCACCAUGGGAAUGCCAAGAAAGAAGAGCAAAAGUCCGCCAAUAAUGAGCCAUGAGUUUGUUAUACAAAAUCAUGCAGAUAUUGUAUCAUGUACUGCAAUCGUCAUCAUUUUAGGACUUCUAUUUGAGGCCACUGCAAAAAUCAGUAGAUUGUUUGUUUUCCUGCAAUAUGGUCUUAAACAAGAUGAAGAAGUAAAUGAAGAAGAUGAUGAAGUUAUUGAGAAAUUUCCAGUUGAUUUCAACAGAGGUUGGUUGGAUGCUUUCACAGUGAUUUUUCAAAUGUUGAUUGUCAUUGUUGUUCAUGCAGUUAUUCAAGAGUAUAUAAUUGAUAAAAUGUCAAGGAAGCUUCAUCUUUCCAAAACUAAAACCAGCAAAUUUAAUGAAUCUGGGCAACUGUCCAUGUGGUCUGCUGUUUCUGCUAUUUGGGCGGGAUAUUGUGUGCAUCAGUCUAAAUUGCUUCCAAAUGUCUCCGCUCUAUGGGAAGAAUAUCCCCAUACUGUUUUGCGCUGGGAGAACAAGUUGUUUAUGCUCAUCCAGCUUGCUUACUGGCUGCAUAUGUUUCCUGAACUAUAUCUGCAAAAAGUUCGAAAAGAAGAAAUUUCUACUCGUAUCCAAUACUAUUGUCUUUAUUUCUUCUUCAUUUUUGCGGCAUAUUUCACCAAUUUUUGGAAAUUGUGCAUCGUCACACUGGCUCUACACUAUCCAAUGGAAUGUCUUUUCCAUGUUUCAAGGAUGCUUUACUUUGCGGAGAAGGAUGAAAAUGCUCAAAUCGGAUUUCGUGUAUGGACUUUCCUGUAUCCAGUUGUUCGUUUCCUAAUCCUCUCACUCACUGUUCUUGUAUUCUGGUUUGGGUUCGGCAACUUAGCGGAGAAAGGUUUUGAUCCUGCAUCUGGAAAUUUCAACAGCGGUCUCAUCAGAACUUCAGCCAUGGCAGCAAUGUGUCUUUUGCAACUGUGGUUGAUGUGGAGAUUUAUUCAACUACGAUUCCGUAGGCAAAGGGACCAGAAACAAGCAGCGCAAGCAUUGAAAAAGAAGUCAACUCCUGCUAAAGCAAAGGGAGGAAAGAGUAAGCGUGAGUGAAAAAAAGAAGAGUAUCGAAUCAGAAGAAGACAACAAAGUUAGCAAUGGAAAACUGAAAAGAAGUUGAAAAUAUUAUCAGGAUUAUUGUCGAUUGUCGAACGUUGAAAUUAUUGGAUGCGUUAACUUGCCCACCAUAAAAAAAUUUGGUAUUUUUGCAAUGUUUUUUCCUGGGCUAUAACUGUCAUUUUAGCAUUUAGAAAUAAGAAGCCGUUAUCAUCAUUGUGUAAAAUGAAUUAAAUUUAAAAUUAGCUCAUUCUUGAAAAACUAUUUUAUGAAAAUUUUCAGCAUUGUAAUUGGCUAUAAACAGCAGAAUUGCACUUUAUUAUAGAUUCACAGUGUAGGAAUUUGUUGAACCAUACUCCUGCCUGUGUAAUAACAUCCAAGAUGAGGAUUUCUGAAAUUUGAAUAUUUAAAAAUAUACUUUACCCCUAUACACUGAUGUGUUAUUUCAUGGUGGACAUUGUUUCCCAUCUGUCAUAUUGAAAUAAUCAUCAGUUUUAUAAAUGUAAAUAGAAAUGUUAGUUCGGUGUUUUUUCGGUGUUGCUCGCUAUUCAGGCAAUUACUACGCUUCGACAAGUCUCGAAUUACUUACCUAAUAAAUAUAAACGGAGGCCAAAGUUUUUUUUGUUUUGUUUUGAGUAAUUGGGUGUUCACUCGAAGAUGACUUUAUUGUGGAUAUAUAAAUUUCUUUGGCAAUGUUUUUUUUGGAUUGGCUAUUUUUGAAUUUUGUUUAUCGUUGUCGAGUAGAUGGGAAUGUAGGUUUUUGUGCUUCAAUUCUAGCCUAGCCAAUAAAACUUUCCUUAUGAAUAUAUUGAUUUGAUAUUAUGGAGUCUAUGAGCGUUUUUCUUAUCAAAUUUGAUGCGCGACAAUUCUUUUGCGAAGGAUUGGACUAAAAUGUUUAAAUUUUGCAAAUUUGCAUCUAGUCAAAUUGUACAUAUUUCCAAAUAUAUAUCUGAGAAUUUUAUUCGAGAAUUCAUUAAUUCUAAUUGGAGGAUCAAUUGAAAAAUAUUAAUAUAUUGAUCUAAAUUUUCGAAAUGCAUCUUUCGGCAUGAGGUUUUUUAUCGAUUGAGCGACCCAGGGAUGGUCGGGACCCAGAGUUCAAAGAGCCCAGCUCUUGGAAAUCCCUGCUUGCUUGUACUAUUUCUGGAUACUCUAUAUUGUUAAGUUUUCUGUUUUCCAUGCUAAUACUUUUGCUGAUUCAAUGAUAUAUAAUGUUGAAUCACUUUAUAUAUAGCCAUUAUCCAUUUUAAUAUGAGCUGAGCUAGCUAAUUGGGGCUCAAAAUAAUUAUGAUGUUUCGUAUUUUGGUGAUUUGGUGUUGGAAUUGUUCAACAAUUUUCCUAGAAGCUAAGACAACGUUAUGCUGAUUCUCGGUAUUAUCAAUGUCAAUGGAAAACUUAUAUUCUGAAGAGCAAUAUGGCAUUAGGUAUAUGGACAUUUUUUUUUUUCAUUUCAGUAGAACUAAGAGAAGGAUUUUAUUAUUUACUUCCAUAUUUUGUGCCUUUAUGUUGACAUUCGAUCAACUAAUGUUACUUUCUAAUUGAGAUAUAUUUUGUGCCAUAACCUGUAUUGCUUGGAGAAAUUUAAAUUCCAAACUGUUAAGUAUUUUAGCGGUGCUGUUAUUCUAUAGAAGCCAUAAUAAUGAUCAUCAGGGUAGAUGCUGGCUCAGUUUUCAUUGGUUGAAGUUUGUCUGUUACGUGAGUUUUUGCUUGUGAAUUUUUUGCUCACAAGAAUGAAUUCAGUCUACCACUUCGUACUCCUAAUUUUAAUAUCUAUGGAUUCAACAAUAUUCAAUGUGAACUAAUUACAAAUACCCAAUACUGUAUUUACACAGAAAUAGUGAUUCACUCAAUACUACUAAAGCGUGAAUUCUGAAUGUAAGUAAUUUGUACCCAAAUUCUCUCCAGUAAACAAACUGGGUUAACUAGAGGGUGUGCCGCCAUAUUUGUGGCUUUUUGUUUAAGAAUAUAUGUUGAGGAAUAUGUUGUUGUUUAACCGCAACCGAUUUAAAGCCGA